GCCUUCUUCAGCGUGUCUGGACCAGUCUGUAUCUGCAUUUAGCCGUCAAUUCAGCUGGCCGUGACGUGUCUUUUGCCAACUGCCUAUUGUUCUGCCUCUAAACUCUGCUUACUUUCAGGGGUACUGCACCAGGCGGGGCAUUGGUUGAUUUUAGAAUCGGCUGAAGAAUACUUAUAGCAAGUCUCACUUCUUAUAGCUGAUAUCGUUUGAAUUGGUCUCUCUUAUGGUGUCCGCCGUCCAACUCCCACGAAUACUCAAUCUUACCUGACCAUGUCUAUCACCGCUUUAUCCGCCCCCGGAAAGGUCCUCUUGUCCGGUGGCUACCUUGUCCUCGAUCGCGAAUAUACCGGUACGGUCUUUGCGCUGGACGCUAGGAUUCAUGCCGUCGUUCAACAGAUGAGGAGGCCACGUCCCAGGGCAGCUUCCGGCCCUAAUACCGACAACCAGCUCGUGAACAAUGGGCUACAGAACUUGAAUAGACCAUUGGGAGAGGCCGUUGACGAAGAGUACGAGGACACGAUUAUUGUUCAAUCGCCGCAAUUCGUGGACGCUGUAUGGGAAUACCGGGUCCAAGCUCAUGAAGAUAAUGGUGGGAUAAGCGUCGUCCAGAAAGGAGAUGGACGACCAAACCCCUUUGUCGAAACCUCCCUAAACUACGCAUUGACUUAUAUCGGUUACGUUGCGGACUCGAAAGAUUUCGGCUCACUGCACGUCACCAUCUUGGCUGAUAAUGACUACUAUUCCGAGACGGCCUUCUCCAGAGGCCCAGCGUCACAGCCCCGCAGCAAGUUUACACGCUUUGGGGUGCCUCUCCACGAGGCGCAUAAGACGGGACUUGGCUCUUCAGCCGCUUUGGUCACUGCUCUAGUGUCUGCGCUGGUCAUCCAUCGCACCAUGUCGCCUGAAGAUCUUGGCCUCGGUCGAGACAAGCUUCAUAAUCUGGCCCAGGCAGCACACUGUGCGGCCCAGGGUAAGGUUGGUUCCGGUUUCGACGUUGCUGCCGCCAUCUACGGAUCGUGCCUUUACCGACGAUUUUCGCCUGACAUUCUGGAAUCCGUUGGAGAUGUUGGAACCCCCGGCUUUGGAGAACGUCUAUUCGCCAUUGUGGAGGAUGUCAACCAGCAACACCCGUGGGACACCGAGUGUGUGGAUUUCGGCAUGAGGCUCCCCCGUGGUAUGCAGAUGGUGCUGUGCGAUGUGGAGUGCGGCUCGCAGACACCAUCUAUGGUUAAGAAGGUUUUGGAAUGGCGGAAAAACAACCAGGCGGAAGCGGACACACUCUGGGGAGCUCUCCAAUCCAACAAUGAGAACCUGCGGACAGAGCUCAAACGCCUCGCACAGAGCCGCGACGGAGGUGCUUACAGCAACUUUGCCGACGUCCGCACCUAUCUCCAACAAUCCCGUGCUUACAUCCGCACCAUGACCCGCAAAACGCAAGUGCCCAUCGAACCGGCUGUGCAAACUGAGCUACUCGAUGCUGCGUCCGAAAUUGAGGGUGUCAUCGGUGGUGUCGUCCCUGGCGCCGGAGGUUACGACGCGAUUGUGCUCUUGAUCCGCGAUGACCCGAUGGUGAUCAAGCAGCUGAACGACCUAUUUGCCAACUGGAAGAGCGACGAUGAAGAUGACUUCGGGGGGAAGAUUGGAAAGGUCCGGCUCCUUGGUGUGCGUCAUGGGUCUGAGGGUGUAAGGAAUGAGAUGCUUUAUCAAUAUGUUGGCUGGGUAUAGGUGAUUUGAAGUGACAGCGGGUAG